GGGGGUGCCGCGUACGCCGGUCGAUGACCACACACCGAGAACUCUCUCAUCAAGCCGCAAAACUACCCGAGCAGCCGCUUCACUAUAAAGGCCCAAGGCAGCCGCGGGUCGAUCACCACGAAGCAUCUCGAAUCCCAACGACGAAGGGGUUGCCUGCCUCGCACUCGUUCCCCUCGCCCUCCUCCCCCUCUCCGCCUCUAAACCCUGAACGAAGGAAGAAUUAGGGCUCCAAGAAUGAGCGCCAUCGUCUCGCGUCUGAUCCAUUCGCCCUCUUCCGUCUCUCGCGCGCUUUCCUCAGGUUUGUUGAACUAUGGAAGAUUGUUGUCAACCGAGUCAAAUCGUGUAGAUGAGCCUCUUAAAGUGGAGGAAGCAGAAACGGUAAAAGCACCUCCUCCUCCAUCAGAGAAGCUCCUUGUAUUGGGUGGUAAUGGAUUUGUUGGCUCACAUGUUUGCAAAGAGGCUUUGGAUCAAGGCUUGUCUGUUUCCAGUCUUAGCAGAUCUGGAAGGUCAUCAAUACGUGAAUCUUGGGCUGAUAAAGUUGAAUGGCUACAAGGAAGUCUUCUCGUACCUGAAUCUUGGAAGGAUGUUAUGAAUGAUGUGACUGCUGUGAUAUCUUGUGUUGGAGGCUUUGGAUCAAAUUCUUAUAUGUACAAGAUCAAUGGGACUUCAAACAUCAAUGCCAUCAGAGCUGCUGCUGAAAAAGGUGUAAAAAGAUUUGUUUAUAUUUCGGCUGCUGAUUUUGGUCUGGUAAAUUAUCUUCUGCAAGGGUAUUACGAGGGAAAGAGAGCUGCUGAAGCAGAACUUUUGACAAAGUUUACAUAUGGAGGGGUAAUUCUCCGGCCAGGUUUUAUAUAUGGGACUCGCCAAGUUGGGAGUAUGAAGAUACCUCUAGGACUCAUCGGCUCACCGUUGGAGAUGGUGCUCCAGCAUGCCAAACCACUCAAUCGCCUCCCACUUGUUGGUCCUCUCUUAACACCUCCAGUGAAUGUUACCGCCGUUGCCAAGGUAGCAGUAAGAGCUGCAAAUGAUCCAGUAUUUCCUCCAGGCAUAGUGGACGUACAUGGCAUUCUGCGUUACAGUGAGCGAAAGUAACCUGUUUCCUCCUCUUAUUCUGUGGGUUCCAAUUUACUUUGGUCUUCUUCCACAUAAAGAUACUUGUUCUGUCGGAAUAAGUUCUUUACACUGGCUGAGCAUUUGCUCGUGCAGUUUUAGUUAUAGAAGGCAUCACUUCCUGUAGAGCAUGCUUGGGACACUCAGGUGUAAAAAAAUGGCUUUUGUUUUAUCUUAAUUAUAUCGACAUGCUCUUGCAUUCA